CCGAAAUGAAAUGGGUUUAGUGGGUUGAAGCUGAAAGCUUUCACUUCGCCAUUGCGAUUCUCUUCUCUUCUCUUCUUCCCUCUGUUACUGUUUGCUUCAUAUUUUGGGGAUUAGGGUUUCCAAAUGUGGCGCAGAGCUGGGUGGACUUUCCGGAGGAUUUCGACGGCGGCACGGCGUCGUAUCGACGACGAGGGCGACUGGUUCUACGCUUCAGAGUGGUGGGGAACGGAUCAAUCCGACGGUCACACCGUUCUCCGAUCAACUUCCGAUAAAGGCAAUGGCGUCGUCUCUGUCGUCGCUUUCCAUUCUUCCAGACCUAGCGAAUUGUACUGGCCAGCGACGGAGAAAUGGCUUCGGCAGAGAUAUGCAGAGGCAUUUCCGGGCGAGGAUGAAGACGAGGCGCGGUUCAACGUGCUCGGAUAUCAAUGGCGGUCGCUCCGUUUCAACGAGGAGACUCGCCAAAGUACCGUCAAAGUUAUGGCGGCUUACCGAGCUUCCGAUCCUGGCUCCGUCUUCCUUAUGCAACAGCCACAUUGCCUUGCUGUUCCAUAUUUGAAGAGUAUGAUGUCAGUUGGGUUGGCUACCUUGGCGUCUUGUAAUUAUUGUCUCAAGAGUGCAGUUCAUGGGAAGAAGAAAAUGCAUGUGUUGUGCAUUGGCCAUGGUGGAGGAAGCUUACCAUUACUUUUGGCAAGCAAAAUUCAAGGUGCUGUUGUUCACACAGUUGAAAUUGACGCUCUUGUUAUAGCAGCGUCAGUCCAAGCGAUGGGAUUUCCAGCUUUCUCAGUUACGACUCCAUCAGGUAAUCGAGCCUUCCCAAAACCCGGUAAAUUGGAUGAAGUUCUGUGGAAAGGCACCCAUGAGAGGCUUUACCUAUAUGAAUCAGAUGCUGAGAAGUUCAUUCUUGACACCACCAAUCUAUACGAUUUGAUCUUCAUUGAUGCAUAUGAUGGCGACGACAUCUUCCCUCGCGCGUUAUGGGACCCGGAUUCCCCUUUCUUAAAAUCUCUCAAUGAUCAGCUUCACCCUGAACAUGGUACUGUUGUGGUGAACCUUCACUCAGACUCUGAUCUCUUGAAUCCUGAUGGCUCUGUUCCGUCUGUUCUUGAGCAAAUUUUGCCAAUGGGAAAGUACGUUUCUAAAGUUGGCCGAGCAUACAAAGACGUACUAGCGGGAAAUACAAGCUCUUCCGGAGGUAAAAAGCAUGGUUUGGGGUUUACAGUUUCAGUUCCUUGGGUAUGUAAUACGUCUCUGGUUGUAUGCAAAGGAUCGGGGAUGAUCAAUGCAAAUUUUAGUAGGGAUACGAUCUUUGACACCCUUGUAUCCAAAUCCACAGAAGUGGAACGCAUUCUGAAUUUGCCAUUCUCCUGUUUGGAGUAUAUAAAGCGAGGUUUUCUACUUCUUGACUAA